AUACGACUUGCUUGCGCGAGUAAUUUGUAAAAUUCUUAGUUUUCCCUCUUUAUUAUUUUGUUUUUAUAAUUAGUUUACAAUUUCUAUGUCCGAAAAGUGCAAUGGAGUUAAAUCACACAAGAGUGAAACAAAGGCUAGUCAACCGAAGAAUGGUGUACGCCGAUUUUCUAUUGCCGACGCUUCGCAAGAAAGUGUCGCGAUUAAAGAUGUUUUCCUAGGUUUCGAGAAGAGCCCUGUAGUCACACUGACGCGGGCUGAUAUAUCGCCGUAUCUCAAGAGUAUGAGACAGAAAUACAGUGAGAAAUUUGAAUUGCAGAAGUGUUUAUCGACGCUGGAUUUGGCGGUGCAUUCUAAGCGGCUGGGCGACAACUGCUCCGUCAGCGUUCUUCGCUACGACCUCAACGACCUCAAAAUGGCCUUCCAAAAGGAUCCUAACAAUCCUAUUUUUAAUGCCACCAAUAUUGCUAAUCUUAAAUGUAAGAUUUGCAAAAAAGUGUACUCGAGCGAGAAGAAGUUACAGAAGCAUCAGGAGAACAAGCACAUGCUCGUUUACAAGUCUAACGACAAGGCCCAGAAGCGGGUGUCGUUCUCGGACCAAGUGAUAGUGCAUGAGGUUAAGGAAUAUCACAAAUGCAGGAAGUGCACCAAGAUAUUUGAGAAGUAUAACCUCCUCAAACGCCAUAUGAAGCAAAGACACAAGAAACGUAAGUGUUACAUUUGCAAUUAUUGUAACAAAAACUUUGUUGAUAGGAUGUUUUUUAAAGUGCAUAUAAAGUUGCACUGUGACAUCUGUGGGGAUCUCUCGCCCAACAGGUCUUCGUACAUCGAGCACAGACGGAGAGUGUGCAAGGUGUUGAAGUUUCACAAGUGUAAGAUUUGUGAGGAGUCAUUUUUCAAGUUCAUGGAUUUGAAAGACCAUAGUUACGAUCAUUUGCCGACAACUUUUGUCUGUGACAUCUGUAAAGACCAAUUUCAGUCUAAAUGUGCUGUAGCACAUCACAUUUCAUUCCUUCACUGUAAGACUCGCCCUAGGUCCUUGUACAGUAUGCGUACACUGGGCAGUGAGAGAUUAUACUUGUGCAAUUUUUGUGAAGAGAGCUCGGUAGAACGGGAUGAAAUAGAGAAACAUGUAGCAUUGUUGCCGGACUUAACAAACCGUGCCAUGACAGGUUACAAGGACUACUAUUUCUGUGAUCAGUGUAUGAAAAAGUUUGAUGUUGAAACAGAUAUGCUUCAACACAAAUGGACGCAUUUCCUGAAGACCAGCGACAACUCCCAGCUGCGGCCAAACAUUGUUAAGCCUAAAACGGACUUCCAGAGGUUUUACAAAGUAGACGAGGUCCCGGAUCACAUGCAGCCGCAAGUUAUACUGGAACGGAUUAAAGUAGGAGGGAAAGAGUUGACAAAUUUCACUGACUUUGUGGACGUAAACUGCUUUGAUGAGUACACAGGGGAGAUAAAGAAACCUGUGGUCGACCCUGUGUCGAAGAAAACUAUAAUAUCGAAACAUCAGUGUCAGACAUGUGGAAAAUACUAUUCCACUAACUAUUGCCUCAACCGCCACAUAGUCACCCAGCACUCGGACUACGAGAACCUCAAGUGCAAAGUCUGCGAAGAGACCUUCGUCUGGCCAUCGCUCCUCCACAACCACAAAUGCAUCCGUCUCAACCUGCCCGAGAUACCAUUCGACGAUGCCAGACCCGAGAUACACUUCGACAACUUAAACGAGAUACAGCUCGAUGACUUGCCGAUUACUGAUGAUGAUUAUAUACAUACAGUGGACUUUGAGAUACCUGCCCCGGUGGUUGAGCUAACGGAGUAUAAUUGGGGGCCGAGUCAGAAUAUACAGAACUGUUAUAGCGGGUGCAAGAUUGUGAUGCAGGAGGUACCCAUUGAGUUUUAAGCAGGUUUGCUAAUUAUAAUAUGAGUAGUCUAAGAAAAAAUCGUGCUCAAGCUUCGCAGCUAAAGUAGAUAGCGCGGUCCAAGUUUUGCUGUAGACUCCAUCUAAACUAACUCUGUACCAACUUUAAUAGAACAAAUUAUGGAAGUAUCAUUAUGAAUGACGUAGUUUCAUAGAAAUUACGACACUAGCACACUUUGUUAUUACAAUUGUAGUGUUAUCGUGAUCCGGCACUAACUGAAUUAUUAAACAUAAACUUUUGACAAUGGGGUUGGCAACUGUCAAAGGUUUGCAGAGAUGGCGCCAUCAUAGCUUGCCCCUUUUUCUAUGAGAUUUGGAUUAAACGGCUGGCAUCCAGGGCAUUAAAAAAACAAAAAUUUGACACAAUUCUAGGGUUUGACCGGGCAAGCUAUGCUGGCGCCAUCUGCUAAUUAUUUCAACCGGCGAACCCCAUUAUGAUUAACGCAAGUACGGAGUCAUGCAGCGCCAUCUACAUUAGAUGUCAAAUUCGAAUCACGAGUUAUUUUUAAGCUUUACUCAUAUUUUAAAAUCAAUGUAUCUUUGGUUUUAAUUUAAGUGUUAAUGUAUAUUGUGUAAUAUAUGAUAUACUUAUGUGGUGCACAUCAGAUUAUGACGAAGUUAGUACCUACGUUGUUUAAUUAAUAUAUAAAUUUUGCGGGUAGUUACGCGGGUGGAAACACUUAGCACCAUUGACGUAUAUCUAAGGACAGGCCUUACGGGCAAUAAGAAUGGGGCCAGUACAGUCGUGCCGCACACGAAUUCGAGGCAAUCGUGCAUUCUUACGCCACAACGCGAUUGGUUGAUGAGUUCAUCACACGCGCGCGAUGGUCGCAAGUGUCGCAACUAGUUGCGUAGACUGCACGAUUGGCUCAAAUUCGUGAACACCGCUGAACUAGCACCAUUCUUAGAUUUCUAAGUGCCCGUAAGGCCCGUCCUUCUUCUUCUUCUUUUUAUAGGGGCUAUGUAAGGCUCCAGAGCCUAUGUAUCACUGCGACCAUCUCUGAUCUAUUGUGAUCGCCACCUACUACAACUCUCGAUCCAAACCUGCAACUUCAAACAGCUGCAGGAUCUUUUUGAUUUCGAGAGACUUUAACUCCUCCGGGCGCAAUAUAUGUCCACCCAGGAUCAAGUCUCGAGUGCGCAUUAGGCAGGGGCACUCUGUGAGGAUGUGUAGGGGCGUCUCCUCUGCCUCCAUACAGAGUCUGCACCGCCCCAUGUCACGUUUCCCCAUAGUGUGCAUGUGCUUAUUUAGGCCGCAGUGCCCGGUAAGCACCCUAACCAAGUUGCGCAGUUGGUUCCUAGGCAGCGCCCGUCCUUAGAUAUACGUCAAUGCUUAGCACUUAUUGGAUGGACAGGUGGAGAGGGUAGACCCCCAGCCGAAUGGCUUCUGAAAACCUCACCGAUUGCGAUUUGAUUGGCAAUACAUUGCGGCAUUUGAUCCAUCGAUUAAAUUCGUUACUCCUACUUAGCCGUUUAUUAUCUAAAAUCGUAAACCAUUUGUUGCAAGAUCUGUAGAAUUAUUAACCUUUCCCAAAACUUCGCCCAGCGUGCGAAACUCCUCGCUUCGGGUAAACUCGGCUCCGUUCGGCUCAGCAUUGCUCCGAGCAAUUAUUAGGGUUGGCACAACAUGACGUCCAUUUGCGUGCACGACCACAGAUAAGAUACUGACUUUAAUUUCGACAACCCUAAAUAGCCGAAAGGGAUAGUGCCGUAUAUUAGAAAGGGAUAUCAUAUUCGACCCUGAACCGCUG